CCACUAGGUCACUGUUGUUGCUCUCAUAUUCGUUUCGCAUUCCAGGUAGGCGACUAUGUGCUAUCACCAGGCAUCGCUGUUGAACGGAAGGCUCUCGAUGAUCUGACCCAGUCUCUACAGUCAGGACGAGUUUUCAAGCAAUCUGAACAGAUGUUACGGCAUUAUGCGAACUCUGUGCUCCUCAUAGAAUCUAAUCGUAAAUUCGAAUCAAAAAUUGUCAAUGGCGGUCCUUUUCAGGUGUGUCAACAGUUUGACUUAGAAGAAAUCUGUUUAUAA